AAAAUAAAAGAAGAAGAAAAACAAAUAAAAUUUAAAAAAAAAAAAAAAAAAACCCUAUCGGCAGUCGGACAGGAGCACCCUCAAUUCUCGACUUCUCAUGAUCUGUGCUGUGAUUGUGAGGAUUUUCCCAGUCCCGCGCGCGAUUCACGAACGCCCGCCACCGCCCUUCUCUUUCUUCCUUCCGCGAUUCGCCGCCUCUCCAUACGGGUUAAUUUAAUAAUAUAGCAUUCCGGAUAACCACUUCAGACUUAAUUCCGUCCUCCUCCCAGCCCUCAAUUCUCCGCUCUAGGGCUUCUGAUUUGACAAACGCCACUAUGGCUAUGCAAACUGGAGUAGGGCUUUCGAAGAUCCUGAUUCUUGUUGGAGCUGGUUACUCUAGUACGAUCCUCCUUAAGAAUGGUAAAUUAUCGGAUGUGUUGGGUGAACUUCAGUCCUUGGUGAAGGGCUUAGAGAAGUCUGGGGAACAAUCCGAGGGUGAUUCUGAUUACUCUGAUGCUAUCGCUGCUCAGGUGCGUCGAUUAGCUAUGGAGGUUCGUCAACUCUCCUCUUCACGUCAGAUCACUAUUCUCAAUGGGAGCUCUGGGAAUAUUGGUAAUAUAUCAUCUCUCAUAAUUCCAGCUGCUACUUUGGGUGCUUUGGGAUAUGGAUACAUGUGGUGGAAGGGACUUUCAUUCUCGGACCUUAUGUAUGUUACAAAGCGCAAUAUGGCUAAUGCUGUCUCAAACUUAACUAAACAUUUGGAGCACGUAUCAGAGGCCCUUGCUGCAACAAAGAGGCAUUUGACACAGCGGAUUGAGAACUUGGAUGAUAAGAUGUUGAAGCAGAAUGAACUCUCGAAAUUGAUUAAAGAAGAUGUAGCAGGAGUUCAAAAAUCUCUUUCUAACAUCGACUUUGACUUGGGCCAGUUGCAAGACAUGGUUUCUGGUUUGGAUGGGAAACUAGCUUCUCUUGAAAAUAAGCAGGAUGUUGCAAAUAUGGGUGUAUUCUUCUUGUGCAACUUGGUUGAUGGAAAACAAGCAAAACUGCCGGAAAGUUUAAAGGAGCAGCUUAAACUUUCAGGCAAGACUCAGGGUCUGCUGACGCAUCUGGAAACUCCUAGUCUAAAGGGUCUUAAAGAACUCACUGACACACUGUCGCGAGAUUUUACAGUUGAGCAACCAAGAGCCCUGAUCAGGUCCACAUCAACUAGAUGUUAGUGAGAAGAGAGAGAUUGUGUGCUGUGCACCCUCCCUUGUUAAUUCUAUCAUCUACACAAUUUGUUGAAGUUGUUCAUCAUACAUAUAUUCCAAGGAGGCGUUCUUUUGGCAUUCUCUUGUAUGCAAUUUCUUCUUUUCCCUAAAAUCUAUGAAUAGUUCAUUUUGCAACGAGUAAAUUAUCAUGCGAUGUUAGGACAUUUUGGAGUGUGCUCACUCCUUCACACAAAUAAAUUUUAGUAUUGAAAAUUUGAGUUCACCUCCAGAUUCUACAAAAUCAUGAUAUGUAAGGGUCAUGGAACAGAAUUUUGCCCUGUAAUCUCCUAGUAUUUCCGCUUCUUCUAGUUGAUUGUUCCAUUGUUAAUUA